AUGGCAACAGUAGCAGUAGAACAGGGACCAAAACAAGACACCCCCUGGCAUGAAGCAUUCCCAGCGCCGAAGACUAAGGCCGCUGUUAUUUCUCGUUCAGAAGUCCUUGGAUGGCUGAAAGAUUUGUCGAAGAAUGGCGCGCCGAGAGAUUACGUCCUGGUUGAUCUGAGAAGGGCAGACCAUGAGGGCGGCACAAUAUCAACCUCCUUAAAUCUCCCUGCCCAAAGCCUCUACCAGUCCAUUCCCACGCUAUACACAAUCUUCAAGCAGGCCGGUGUCAAUAAAGUCAUUUGGUAUUGCGGUUCAUCUGCCGGACGUGGCACACGCGCUAGUGGUUGGUUUGCAGAUUACAUUCUGGAGAAAGAGGGUGGAGGUGCUGGAGGAAUGCAGAGUCUUGUACUCGAAGGGGGAAUUAAGGGGUGGGUUGGUGCUGGGAAAGAAUAUGUGGAACAGGUGGUAGGGUACGAGGCAGCAGCUUGGAAGAGUACAGAGUGUGCGUAG